AAAUCUGGUAUUCUCUCUUUUUAAAAUCUUAUUUUAUUGAUGUAAUUUAUUUUUUACAACAUCUUCAUUUCUCUAAUUCUUGCUCUUAUCCAGCAAGCCACACCCCGCCCUUCCCCCACAUAUUACCUCAUUUGAUCUUCACAGCAACCUUGUGAGGUAGGAACUAUUAUCCAUAUGGAAAAUUAAGUCUGAAAGAAGUUAAAUGACUUGUCCAAGGUCCCACAGCUAAUAUGUGUCUGAGGUAAGAAGAAUAUUUGAGCCUCAGUUCUCCCACAAGAUGAGGGAUUGGAGUACACGACCACUUAAGUUUCUUUCUAGUUUUAAAAUUGUAUGGUUUUUUUUUUUUUUUUUUUUUUGGUGAGGCAAUUGGGGUUAAGUGACUUGCCCAGGGUCACACAGCUAGUAAGUGUCACGUGUUUGAGGCUGGAUUUGAACUCAGGUACUCCUGACUCCAGGGCUGGUGCUCUAUCCACUGCGCCACCUAGCUGCUCCUAAAAUUGUAUGAUCUUAUAAAAGGGUGCUAGAAGGGUUUGUAGAAAUGAGGAAGAGCACUUUUGUCUUGGUAGGAAAUCAGGGAAGACCUCUCUGGAGGAGGACAUUUGGAUUUGGGCUCUUUGGUAGAAAUAGACUUUCAACAGCUGCUGAUGAACUUUUUUUAAUGUGGAGAGUAUUCCAGAUACAGGGAGAAGCAAUCAAAAGUGGGAGAGUGGGAAAUGCUUUGGGAGAAUGGUGACUAGUCCAGUUUGUCAAGAAAGGUAGGUUGAAAUUAUGAUGAACACAGAGACCCUGCUUUUCAUUCCCUUCCCCCUCAAUUGCCUGUAGCAUUCUCUUUAUGAAACUGAUGAGUAUGUGGAAAUCAGCUUUAGUUAAUAUUUACUAGGAACAAUGUAUAGCAAUUUUAACAGACUUUGCCUGGCCAAUAUUUGUUUAAACAAAAGUCCUGUGCAUCACCGAAGUCAUACUCUCCUGAAGAACCAUCGUUGAUCAUUAGAAAUAUGACCAAAAAGAAUAUGAAUCAGCUCACUGCUAUGGACAGUGCUAUUACACUGUGGCAGUUCCUCCUUCAGCUCCUUCAGGAGCCUCAGAACAAGCACAUGAUCUGCUGGACCUCUAAUGAUGGGGAGUUCAAGCUUUUGCAAGCAGAGGAGGUGGCUCGACUCUGGGGAAUCCGAAAGAACAAACCUAGCAUGAAUUAUGACAAGCUAAGCCGAGCUCUCAGAUACUACUAUGUAAAGAAUAUCAUCAAAAAAGUGAAUGGUCAGAAGUUUGUGUACAAGUUUGUCUCUUACCCAGAGAUUUUGAACAUGGAUCCAAUGGCUGUGGGGAGGAUUGAGGGAGACUGUGAAACUUCAGGCUUCAAUGAAGUCAUCAGCAAUUCAAAAGAUUUGGAGAAUGGAGGGAAAGAGAAGCCACCUCAGCCAUGUGCCAAGGCCUCUAGCCGCAAUGAUUAUAUACACUCUGGCCUCUACUCUUCAUUUACUCUCAACUCUUUGAACUCCUCCAAUGUAAAGCUUUUCAAGUCUAUAAAAAUUGAGAAUCCAGCUGAGAAACUGGCAGAAAAAAAAUCUCCCCAGGAGCCAACACCUUCAGUCAUCAAAUUUGUGACAACACCCUCCAAAAAGUCAUCAGUUGCACCUAUUCCUUCUACCAUUUCAGCUGGCCCAACUAUUUCUACAGCUCCAGAAGAAACCCUCCAAGCCUUGGAGACUCUAGUUCCUCAAAAAUUGUCUUCUCCAGAAACUCCACCUUCCAUACCCUAUAUUAUGACCACUUUUACCACCACACCUCCUGUUUCUUCCAUCUCUCCCUCUUUGCAGGAUCCUUCCAGAUCACCUUCACCACCCUUGAGUCCUAAUGCAGAUCUAGACAUUGACACAGACAUUGACUCAGUGGCUUCUCAGUCCGUGGGCCUCCCUCAGAACUUUUCAUUGGAGCCCAAAGACCAGGAGGUAGCACUGCUAGAGAAAGAGAACACAAAUCAUUCAUCAAGGUCCAAGAAACCCAAAGGGCUAGAGCUGGCACCUACUCUGGUGAUCACAGGCAGCGAUCCAAGCCCCCUGGGAAUAUUGAGUCCCUCUCUCCCUACGGCUUCUCUUACUCCUGCACUUUUUUCACAGACUCCUAUCUUAUUGACGCCAAGUCCCUUGCUCUCCAGUAUCCACUUUUGGAGCACUCUCAGUCCUGUUGCUCCUUUAAGUCCAGCCAGACUGCAAGGUGCUAACACCCUUUUCCAGUUUCCUUCUGUCCUGAACAGUCAUGGGUCAUUUACUCUGUCUAGCCUGGAUGGACCAUCCACACCUGGCCCCUUUUCUCCAGAUCUGCAAAAAACAUAGCACUUACACUUGUGGAAAGAGAACUAAGGAGAAAAGAAGAAAUAGACAUUCAGCAUGAUCAUAUUUAAAAGGAGAUGUUUGUAAUUCCACAAUGCUGAUAAUGGACUAUUGUGAUUUUUGCCAUUCCCAUUUAAAAUGCCUUUUGAGAGUUUUCUUUGCUAGGACUCAAGUUGGGACUAUGUAUGGAAAAGCCUUAAUUGGAGUCUAGACUCCACCUGUCCCUUUUGCCUCUCCUUUUUAAAAAAAAAAUCUUCCCUCUUCAUUUUGGGUAAAAGGAGUUUUUUGGGAAAUACAGAGAUGGAAUAGUGUUUGGAUAUGAGCAGAUGAGAACAAGAAUGAUAUUUUGGCUACUGGGACCUGUUGUCAGGAAGGAGAGUCACAGGAAUAGGUUAUCUCAAGAAAUCAUCAAAUGGAUAAAACUGGCAACAUCUUGAGAUGCUUUGUUUCCUCUUUCACACCGCGAUGAAUACACUGUCAGUUAUAACUGAAAAAUGGUCAUGGACAAAGAAGCAUUACUCAUUCAUACAGAGUGGGGUUUUAAUAGUGUUUUUCAGGAGACAAACAGUUUUGCAGUGAUUGUAGUCUAUGUAAGCAACCAGAAAGAGGCAUCUAGUUUACAUUUCUUCAGGGUGAAUCUCUGUUACCAUAAGCCAUGUGUGAACUUGUCUGAACCUGUCAACUGAGUAUGGGAUCUUAGUUUUCUGCUUCACCCUGAGGGGAACUCUUUCAAUCUGAAGUGAUGGGCACUGAUUUCUAAGACAGUGCUUGGAAGACUCUUGGAGAAGAUGGGACCCUGCAUCCAGCAUAGAAACAUUGACUAUGCCAUACUCUGGGUGGUAUAGUUAUACACCCCCUGAAUCUAGUACUGUGGAUGAUGGAUAGGCUCUUGUGAGGAUGAUGCUGCAUUAUUGAAAACUUAGAACAUAUUGAGUUAAGAUGCCUAAUUGAACAACCAGAAAGAACAUGGCUUUUUCAGUCAAGAAGAUACCCAAAGUACAGGACCCGUUUCUGUUGAUAGUAUCUCAGGUUCUGCUGUGCAUUGUUUUUUUAAAUUUUCUUUUAAAAUUUGAAGUUGUGAUAUUUUUGAAGAUGUAAGAGAAAGGUGAAAAGUGAAGUCCUCAAAAUCAGCAGUGAGGUAAAGAAGUACUUAUUUUUUAAGAAUAUUUUUAUCGUAAUGGGUGGGGAGUUUACUUAAGAAUACCCAUGCUUUGUUUUGGGGUUGUUCAGGUAAUGGGAAAUGCAGGCUUUCAUCUCAGAGUCACUGAACUUGGUUUAGUUUGCCAAACAUCAACCAUGUGGUAGAAAUCAUUCCCUGUCCAUGUGAGGUGAAUGUAGCUUUUCCGAAUUCAAGAAACUGGACUGAGGCCAGCAUCAUAGUUGGGUACUGUGUUGAUAUUUUUGGCCUGGAAGUCUAGAUUCAGAUAACUUCCCCAGAUUGAAUUUCUCUUUCAGUACUAGGGAUAGCAUAAGAUUGUAUCACACUGAUUAAUGGGCUGAGGGAGAAACUUGCAUGCUUACUGCUUGUGCUGGGGAUAAAGAAACGAAGGAUUCCAGAUGACAAUAAGUCAACUCAGCACCUUCCAGCUGCACAAAAUUCACUUUAAAUUUGUUUUUAUACUGUAUAGAGAUUCUUAUGUAUGAGACUUUAUAAUUAGGAGAAAGUAGCUGGCUACGUAAUUUUGGUAUAGAUUGUAUUCAUAAUAACUCGUGCAACCAGAGAUCUCAAGAUUUUGUAACAUUACUUGCUCGCCCAAUUUUGGUGUGGAAUGGUGUCUUUCUGUCCUAAAAGUCUCUUUUUCUCUGCCUAGUGGAUCAAAUUGAAUAUGUAGCUUGAUUGACUGGGAGUGGAGGGAAAGGGUAUAUUCAGGGAACUGCUUUCAUAUAUUUUGAAGUUUUGGAAGUAUGUUGCUAGCUCAUUUGUGGAGCAUCAGCAUGUGAAUCCAUCCACUCCUGAGAUGUGCAAUAGCAAUGCUGAAAGGUAGCUGUAGGUAGUGACCCGGAACAGGCGUUUGGAUUAUUUAGUUUGCACAUCUCUUUGAAAAUUAAACCUCCAAUAGCACUUUUUGAGCUAGUUUUAUUAUGAUGAUUACUAUUUUAUACUUUGUAAUAAGUAGUUGCUGGGGGUUCAAGUUACCUGGGAGUUUUAAAAUUGUUAAGCACUAAAGAAAAUUUUAUUUUCAUGAAUUAAUGGAGGAAUGAAGCCAUUGAAUUGUUUUCCAAGAUCACAUCUUUGGUCUCUGUGCAUUUUCUUUCUUCAAGCAUAGGGAUGUCAGGGAACUAGAUGGCACCAUUAAAGGCAGCUUAAUGGAAGCCAGUUUUACCUGGUUUUCUUUAAAUAUAUCUGUCCCUGCAGCCUUAGAGAGCUGUGUAGCCAUAGUUGAUUGAUGGUGAUCUGCUUUCUUUUCAUGAGAUCCCCCUUUUUUGAGGGAAGAUGGUGAUUCUUUCAUCAUUGGGAGUCUUUCUGUUCUUUUCAAAAAUGAGAAGUUUCCAACUAUAACUCAUCUGAACAAGGCUGGCAUGAUCAUCUUGUUCCUGACCUACCUCCUUUAGGCAAAGACUCACUAUCAGAAUCUUCAGGAAAUGUAGAGAUAUUAGAAAGGCAACAUCCCAUUUAGGAUCAGUAGUCAUUGAGAGGGUUGAUACAGAUAUGCGUAUUAGUUAUAUCUGUUUAUCCAUCAUAUUACUGGGAUGAAUGCUAUUAGGCAUCUAUUAGCCUAAGUGAAAGAAGGGAAGCUGGUUGAACUGGGUAGUAGGAACUCUGCUGCAAGACUGACUUUCUUUAUCUUUUCUUUGCCGUCUGACCCAUAUUACCUUGUAACAGCUUUUUCAUCAUUUCUCAAAGUAUUCUUCCUCAUUAAAGAUAUUAUGCUGCCUUAUAUUCAAAAUCAAAUUAUAGUCUGUUGCUAGUAAUCUUUAUUCCUUAAGAUGUUAUGUUACAGUAAUUUGGGAUUGAUACAUAUAUGUUAUAAUAAGAUGAAAACUUCCACUGAUUUAUAAUAUAAUCCUGGAAUUGCAAAGGAUGGCUCAAGAUCACUUUGCCUAAUCUCCCUCCUUCUAGUAAAACUAUUCAAACCAUGUAUGUUCAACACAUUUUUAAAGCUCUUCAGGGAAGGAAAUUUGAUAUGGUUGUUAAGUAUUUUUAGGAAGUUUGUAUACUGUAUACUAUUCUUUUGGCACCAUCUAAGGCUAGGACCUUUGUCUCCUGGUGCCAUGUCCAGGGUUCUUUGUGGUUAUUUGCUUCCCAGAAUAAUCUGGUUCUGAGGGAGGUAGAUACUGUAGUAUUUGCUUUUUCUAGUUCCAUGGAGAGAAUUUUAAAUCUCUAGGACUCUUGGUUCAGCACUUUCACAGGGUACCUAGUCAAACCCAGGAAGUUUUCCUUAUAUUCUAGAAGGAAAAGUAAAUUCAGCAGCUUCAGAAAUACAUGUAGGGAAUAUUAGAGAAUUGACUUAAAUUUAACUGGAAGAGCCCUUUAAGGGCCUAGGCAUAUAUAUAUAUAUAUAUAUAUAUAUAUAUAUAUGCUGUUUUUUCAGAGAGUGAGAAUUCAGAGCUCACUGUAAACUCUAAUUAGUUAUUUCCAGACUGUUUGUUAGUAUGGCUUAGAAAGAUAAAUAGAACCCUAGAAUUCCAGUACUUUAUAGGGGAUAGCAUCACUAAAUUUACAUGCACACCCAAAAUUGAAUGAUGACGUGUUGUCUGACAACAUUGCUUUUUGCUGAUACUGAAACACUGGUUUUCUGAUUCUGUAUUCUGAUAAUAAACUGUGCAAUCAGUUUAAUCACACUCAUAGACAUUCAUGCAGUAUUGUCCUUUAAUAUAUGACUUCUAAAUUCAGCCUUGAAAAAAUCAUGUAUGCUUUUUAUGAUGUGGGGUAGAUUAUUCUUGUAUUAGGGUUUUCCUUUUAUGUAAACAUCUUCAUAACAAAUUUGGAAUUUUGUACAUGAGUGUGCCAUUAAUGUCUACGAAACAUUCUCUUUAAAAAGUUUUUGCCAAAUAAAAAGGCCCAAAUGAACUAGGUAAAAUGUAAGUCUGCAAUUGGCAGUCAUGUUCCCAUUUCCUCCCCCUCACCAUUAACCAUGUGACUAUAAUUUUCAUUUUACUGGUAUUCCUAUAAAUUAUGUUUAGCCAUUGUAUAAACAUUUUACUACGAAUUUCAGGAUUGUUUCAAAUUAUUUUACUGUAUACUUAUGUGGCCUAUUUUCAUGCUUCAUUGGAAGAUUUUGUUUGGAUGUAAGGGAACAUUUUUAGGUUCUAAAGGGAUGAUUUGUUUUAGGGAUGAGUUUAUGCUAUUUACCACUCACUUCUAAUCUAUUCUAUUUAAAUUUCUUCUUUUGACCUUUGUUGAAUGAUGAAUUAGGUUUUGAAAUACAGACUUGUGCUUUCUCAAGUGCCAUUUUUAUGAUGUAUCUAGAACCUUAUAUAUAAAAUAGAAUUGAUGGGAGUGGCAGAUAAAACCUGAAGCCCCAGAUCAAUGACAAGACCUGUAGAAAAGCAGGGAGGAUGUGGAUAGAGAAUUUUCUGUCAAGGAAUAUGACUGUCAUUUCUUAAAGGAAUUGCAUAGGGUAGUUCGAUGGAAUUAAUUUUCCAUCCAUAAUAGCUUAAAUGAAUUAGAGGUUAACUUUAAUUAUUUUUCUCCAGCCAGUGAACUAGUUGGACAAUAGGCUUUUUUUUUUAAAGCAUCUUGUUACAUAUGCCUGCUUGGUUUUAUGUCCAAGAUAGGUUGUGUGGGUGGUGGUUUUUCAAAUGUUGAUUGUACUUCCUAAAACAAAGUAACCUGCUUUGCUUCUUAGCCUAUGAGAAGAACCACCACUGAAGCUUUUGCACCUUGAAAUCUAGAAUUCUUAUGAGGGGCCUAGUAAACAAGGAAAAGGGAUGGUUUUGACUUGAUUUUAGGGAUUAGGUAUAGCCUCUUCGUAAGAAGAUCUUGUUUUGGCUUGAAAACUGAACAUAUCUGAGUUUCUGAUGUAGAAUAAAUAUUCCUUUGAGAGCUACCAUCUUUUUUCUAGAGGCACCUUUCUGAAAAAAUAUUGUAAGGAAUAAAUCAACAAUCUGCCAGAAAAUUGUUAUAUUUUAUACUUAACAUUUUGAAAGUGAUUUGUGAGAGAGGGAAUAUUGGCUUUUAACUUAGGCACUCUAUAAAGAACAGGAAAUUCAAACUUCUGUUAAGAUGCUUAAUGAAAACUUUAACUAGAAUAUUUAUGGGAAAGUGAGCAAACAUAUCAAAUGAUAGUGAUUCUGGUAUCCUAGGUAUAGUAUACAUAUGACAGUUUUGUCCGAGUUUAAAAAAUUUAUUUUUUAAUAGUUAAUUGAGACUGGACCAUUUCCUUCCCAGUCAUAUUGGCUAAGUAGAUGUGUUUGUGUGUGUAUAUAUAUAUAUAUAUAUAUAUAUAUAAUCUAUUUUUCAGAGGGAUAUAUAUAUAUAUAUUCAUCCUUUAGACUAGGGUGGUUCCUAGGCUAUAUAUUUUAUACUAAAACUAAAAUUUUGCUGCACUUUGCAGUUAUCACAUCACUUUUUAAAGUUUAAUGCCUUGCACAUUUCAAUUUCUUAUUUUAAAAAAUACCAGUAAGUACAAAGUCAUAGGCCUUAAUAUGGAUUAUUGCUUGCCAACUUAAAAACAACAACUCAGUGCUAUUUGACAUGUAAUUUUGAAAAAUCAUCUUAUACUCUGAUCUGUUAUAUUGGCAUAAGAUUGGGCAAACAGAAUUUUUAAAUGAUACUCUUCAUUUACUUUUGCUUCUCCAUUGAGACUUUCUCCAUCAGGCUGCUUGCAGCAUAAUUAUAGGGGUUUAUACUGAAAUUACUAUUCUUAAAAUACAGAAAUGUGACCAUGGAUUGAAUGACUAGAAGUUGGCCUUUGUUGCCCAAUUUAACCCUUUGAACAGUGCAUUGUCAGUGAAAGGAGAAAUGCCAUAGUCAAGAGAAUACCUUGGGAUGAGUACUGUUCUCAGCCUUCCUUACCUUGAUCAGUCGGGUAAUAGGACCCUGGGAGGGUUCUCUUAGGGCAGAUUUAGGGUCUUUUGGUUUGAGGAUGACCUAAAGCUAGGCCAAAACUGUAGGAAACUAAAUAACUUAAUAUGAUUGGACUACAGGUAAGGAUGCUAUUUGCUUGCUGAUGUAAAUCUACUUGUCAUGCCGUCAUGCACCAUUCUUAGCACUGUUUUCAUAACUGGAAGCACUUAACUUUUUUUGUUUUAAUUUUUCAACUGAAGGCUUUAGAGGAUCAGGGAGUGGAGGUUAUUACUAUUUUAUAAUUUCUGGAAUUUGUACUGUUUGGGAGGGGGGCAAAUGGAUUCACAAAAUUGAUUAUUCUACUAGGCUUCUUGAGCUGUAUUUUGGCUAGAAUGUUUUUAAAUAUCAAACUUUUAAAAUUGUGCUGUAUAGAAUGUGAUUUUUAUGACUUGCUAUUGAUGGAUUGCACAAAACUUUGUAACGUAUCAGGUUUCAAGUUUCUUCUCUGUGUAACCAUUGUUACUUAUUGUUCAUUGUAUUGUAGAGGGAAAUUGUGUCCCUUUUAAAAACAUUUCAUAUAGUUUUGUUUUUUGGUGCAGUGUUACCAGAUGGCCUUAUGUACAUUACAUUCAUUGCUUUUGUGAUACAGUGGCAUAUUUUAUGUACUCCCCUGUACAGUAUUAGUGAAGCUAUCUGAGAUGCAUUUCUAAGAGAUAGCAAAUAAAUUGAUAUAGUUAAUUUUUGGUUACUCAAGGGCUGUUUAUCCAGUUUAUUAUUAGUAUAAAUCCUACAUCCAGCCUACAACUGUUUCUUUUCCUUCUGCUUUUGGAGAAUUUCCUUUAUUGUGGCUAGGGGAAAUUAAGCAGAUGAACUCAUAAGUUAAUUUUUAUAUCUGUGGGCUUAAGAAUUUGUUAUGAAGAGCUUGAUAAUAUUAGUUAAAAUGAAGCUUUAAAAUGUCUUAUUUCUAUAUUUUAGCUUUUCAUCUCUUGUCUCUUAUUCUAACAAAUAAUCAGGAAUUGGCUCAAAAAAUAAGGCUAUCUAGAGAUUUACUUUGAGAAGAACUAGUAAAUUCUCCAUAGUUCUUGUUUCAUUGGGUCAGCUAAAGAGCACUUUGGUGUCAAUGAAAAGGAUAUGAAUACAAGAGACAGUUGGGAGUGACUAGUCAAUGGGGAAUAAUUUUACCAUUAAUCUUUGGAAAUUUCAUUGGUUGAGCUAUUCUCGUGUUAGUAAUAUAUGUGAUUAUGUCUUUGAUGAAACGAAGAACUUAGAAUUAACUGAGACUAAACAGAUUUACACUCUUGGAUUUCAUUCACCUAGUCCAUGGAGUGGGUUUUUUCAAAAGCAUAUCUACCUGUGAGAAUUUUACUACAUAAACACGGACAGGGUGCAUCAGAGAAGAUGCAUAAUUUCAGAACGAGGUCUUAGUUUGGGAUAUGUGGUAAUGAAAAAUUGUUAAGAGUGCUUUCUUUUUUUAUACUUAAAUCAACUUAACUGGGAACAGUUGCUCCUUUGUAAUUUUUUUUCCCUGUUCAUUUUAUUGAAAUUGUACUUUAAUAUCUAGUAUCUACUGCCAUUGUAAAGAAAUAAUGCUUGUUUUGCUAGUGUAUAAUGCAAGUACAUAUGUAGUAAAACAAAACAAAAAGCUAGAUAACUAUUGAAAUGUUGAUUAAUCCCUGGUCUUUAUUAAUCCCAGUACAAUUGACAUUAGGGAGACUUUCAUAGUGUUACAACAUGAAAAGGGGUGGGAAGUGCAAAAAAAAAAAAUGUUAUUAGUGCUGAUGGUGCCACUAGAAAGAAACUGCUAUGUCUUCUGGUUGAGCAGUGCUGAUGCACGGUGGGGAAAUAAUAAAGGGAUGGUCGUCAAGGUUGAUCAGGACUAUUGGACAGCCAGAAUUCAGAAUUUUUAUGUUUAAACAUAACAGAGACCUUAUUGCAAGGAUUAGAUCAAUGAGGAAAGGGUUUGUGUUUGCACUUUGAGGGCUUUAAAGCAUGCUGCUUUUAAAAGAAAAAAGUAUCAUUGAUAACCAGUGCAUCUCCAGUUCUUGUGAGGGGCUGCCCUGAAUAAUCAGGUGAUUUUUUUAAAAAAAAUUAAGUUCUGUGCACGUGUGUGCACACAUGCUAUAAUGGCAAUGUGUAUCUUUUUUAAACAAUUAAAUAGGUUUUAGAAAAUUAUUUUGUGUAAGAACUGACAGAGGGAUUGGCUUUGUAUAAUGCGAGCUGGCUUUGAAAAGCAUUGUAGCAAAUUUAUUCAAGUCAAAAAUCAUGCAUAUAUGUUAAUAGUUAUAUGUGCAACCAGACAUGCAAAACAAUUGUAUUUUUUUAAUAAAUAUUUUUAACAAAA